GCUCGCCUCUGCGCAUGCGCGCUCCUCUCCCUGCCGCGCCAGUUCCGAUUCCCGGCGCGGGGCCCUCCGCCGGUGCAGCGCGCGGGACGGGAGGCGCCAUGGCCGGCAUCAAAGCCUUGAUUAGCCUGUCCUUCGGGGGAGCGGUCGGACUGAUGUUCCUGAUGCUCGGAUGUGCCCUUCCUCAGUACAAUCAGUACUGGCCACUGUUUGUUCUGUUUUUUUACAUCCUGUCUCCUAUCCCAUACUGCAUAGCAAGAAGAUUAGUAGAUGACACAGAUGCUACAAGUAAUGCCUGCAAGGAGCUAGCAAUAUUUCUUACAACAGGCAUUGUUGUCUCAGCAUUUGGGCUACCAAUAGUGUUUGCCAGAGCAGAACUGAUCUACUGGGGUGCGUGUGCACUUGUUCUUACGGGGAAUACAGUCAUCUUUGCCACCAUCCUAGGAUUUUUCUUGGUCUUUGGCAGCAAUGACGACUUCAGCUGGCAGCAGUGGUGAAAGGAAGAACUAUCACAGACAUCUUGUCAUGCAGUGGCCGUCCAUACAAGUGAGAGAAUGGGCAAUAAAGACAAGUAGCAUAGCAAGCCUCUUGAGUAUUCUAGAUGCUCCUUUUCACCUUGUUUGUUCUGAGUGUACUGCUGUUGCUGACAGAGUUCCUACAUUUUUCAUGAAGUGGAGAGAUGAUUGAUUUCAUUUUUACCUAUGGUAUGUUUUUAGGUGCUCUCUUGGUUUAAAAUUGUCAUCCUUCUGUCCAGUGUUUAUGUGAAGCUUUAAAUCUGGAACAAGAACAUUUAAACAUGGUUUCAAAGAGGAUUUAAAGUUGUUUUGUUGGUUUUGGUUUUGGUGGCUUGUUUUUUUUUUUCUGUAAGAAAUUAAGCAUUAAUACUGUGUUUCAAAAUAACUUUUUUAUAUUGUGAUUAAAUGAUAUCCAAGUUGAAUGGAGGUAAGAGAUUGUGCACCACCAUUGUCAAUUACCAGAUCAACAGAUCUUUGCUAUGUUUUAGCAGAGACAAGGCGGGGUGAGGAGUGCCAGUACCAGGUUUUUCUUCAGCCCAUACCUCAGACUGGGUGAUGAAUGUUGAUAGCCUUCAUUUCAGGAGAAGGCUGAGGAGCAGGUAUUGUUCUUUGGGAGAAGUCCUCAGUUUUAACACCGCUAGCACUUUUACCUGCUUCGUUAUCAGUUCUUGAGGGGAUGUGAUACUCACAUACUCUCUAAAUGUAUUGAUGCUAUGACAUACAAAACUAAAGUGUAUUGUAGGGGAAGGGAAAAUGAUGUUUAAAUUCCAUUUUUUAAAAAAAUAUCUUUUGAACUCUUUCUAUUUAUAAGUAUUGUAUGGUUUUGAACUUUUAUGUCAACUUUUUACCACAAAGAUGGUAAAGUGCUCAUUUAUGGAACUACUGGUCUGUGUCAAUUUGAAGCAUAUACAAGGCUAUUUCCUCCUUGCCCUUUUUAAUUUAUUUUAUACAUAGUAUAUAUAUAUAAUAAAACAGCUUUUCAAAUGUAGAUUAAAACUUUGUGUUAACUUGCCUAAGAAUAUUUUCCCUUUAAAUUUUAUUUCCUUCCACACAGUAUGUCUGAGACAUGGCUUUUUUGGAAGUCACUGUCUGAACUGUGAGUUCACUGACUGUUUUUAAGUUCUUCUGCACUAUUGGUUAGUAAGAUUUAAUGUUAUGUCUGUAACUGUAGCUUGUGUUCUGUAAGAUUGCACAUGUAGCUUCAAGUAUUUAAGACAAAUUUUCUGCAUACCUCUCAAAUUGUCUGAAUUUUUCAUUUGAAAAAAUCUUCCAUUAGACAUUCCAUGACAAGACAGUUGAUGAGUGCCAGGUAAUCAGGUUUGAUUGUACCACAUGCAGGGAUACACUUGACCAAACCUACUUCUAAAGUAUAUAUUUGUUCAGUUCUUAAAACAUCUACAAAACUUACUUUGCAUAAUUAAAAGCUGACAAUUGCUACGGUUUAGUUUAACAACUGAGCAGUAUGAAAAGGCACAGGUUUUAGGUGUAGUAUUUGUAUGUGGAUGUAAACAAAAUACAAAGCUUGGCUAUUUGAAGUCUGAUAGUAAGAUAGUCACUUAGACGAUACACUUAAGGAACUGAAACCAGCAGGUAGGGCAGCAGGGUUGUAGCUACCUACAUGUUCUGCUUUGUUAAUGUUGUCCUGUGCAUAAGAGCUCAGUUUAUGCCGGCAGAGGAACAAAUAGGUGCCAAGAAACUAGUGUAGGAGCCAGAUGGUCUCUGCCACAUACAAGUGCUUCACCAGGCUGCCUGUGAUGGUGAUGGUUGGAGGGCUGUAGAAUCACUUGUUCUGUCACCUUUUCCAGUGAGACUUUUGCAUCUCUGCCCCCAAGCAGAAUGGGCGCCUCAGAAAAUCUUCCAAACCAGUGGCUACAUUUGCAGUCCUUGUGAAGAAGGAAUGCACAGGAUUUAUAUAAAUUGAAUCUGUUACCUUUUCUGUGGUCAGGAACUGUUUUCUUUCUCAUUCUUGUACUGCUAAGUGGACUUCUCCACAUAAUGCUACUCUUGAGAUCAUUGGCCAUAGAGCUGACACUGUAUGUACUGGCCAUGCAUUUUUUGUAUGUUAUCCGCAUUACAGCGUUACCUUCUUCUGCUUGCACACUGUGUAUGUGCAGUGUUGCUUUGGUUUAAGAGCUAGACACUUGAGAGGUACGAUGCUUCCAUAUAAAAUGCACUGAGAUG